AUGCUGCUCUAUCCAACAGGCACUGUCAGCGGAAUCAAAUUAUAUGGGGACCGACCGGAAACGAGUCACCCAGAUCCAGAUACCCUACACAAAGCUUCAGGCUUGGAUGUUCCCACAGAAAGCACUCCCAAGGCAGAAGAUCGGGAGGCUGAUUUCAGUGCGCCUCCUGAGGCUUCCAUCACUGGAAUAUCCAAAAUAGAGGACCGACAAAUCCCUCGGAGUACAUCCCCCCAGUCAAAAGGUACAGAAGGGGCUUGGAGGAGUGACAUUCCUGGUCCAUCUCAUGGACCGUCGAGUCGUGCUGCUUCUGUCCAAAGCGAUCGUAGUAUUGGAAAUACGAGGACUCCUCCAGGGCGGAGAACAGGCUCUCGAAAAUCGGCUUGGGAUGACACCAAGAAUGAUAGAGAGCCUGAAGAGGCAAGAAAUCCCUGGGUUCACGGUAGCCAAACUAUUAAAAAAGCCGAAGAUCUACUGAUUGAAUCUAAAUAUUCGAUCAUCUGCGCCCUAAUGGGGACGAACCCUGUAGAUCUUGAUGAUUACUUCGCCGUGGGACCCACUCGUAUUGCAUCUUCGAUUUUAGAACACAUAUGCUGUGGGCUAAGUGACCUGGAAGGCGCAGGGUCUUUUCGUCUUGAGGAAGUAUAUCGGCAGUAUUCUUCUCAGUUGAGAAUCAAAGUGAGAGAUAAGCCUACUCGAACUUUGCUGGAUGACCUGGACCUUCUCGAGGAGGAGUUGGAAACCAUUCUCACGAUAAUGGGGAAGCAGAAGGCGUUGCUUGAAAAGUUCACGUCCUUCGUCGACGACCACAUUACCGAUUCCAAACGAGGACCAAAAGAUGUAAUGCAGAACUGUAUCCGGGAACUAGAUGACAAGGCAGCUCUGUACACCGAAAUGGGCAUCGGCAUUGAGAAGCUAAGGAGAAGCAAGGCGAUCCUCGUCUUUACUAUUGUCACCGUUGUAUUCCUACCCAUGUCAUUCAUGACGAGCUAUCUCGGUAUGAAUACUAGUGACAUAAGGAAUACGGACCGCGAUCAGUGGCUGUUCUGGGCAAUUGCUGCUCCUCUUACGCUGUUUAUUGUUGGCGUGUGCAUGGUCGUUGCCUACGAAGGCGAAAGGAUACGCGAUAUAAUUGUGCAGUCUCUAGUCAAGAGUCGGAGGGAAACUAGGAGGAGCAGAGAGGAUCUGUAA